ACAGUCAGAGAGAGGAAGAGGCAGGGAGGAGGAGGGGAAGGGCCGCACAAAUGUCAAACUACUUCACUUGACACAAGAUGGAUUCUCUCCCUUUGAUUCAUUGCACGCAUGGCGUUGAUAAUACUCUUUAAUUAGCUGCCUUGUGGAGAGUAUCGCAGCUCUCCUGACACAACAAUGGACUCUAACAUUAUGGAGAUAAUAGAGGAAUUCAUGGAAAGUGCGUUGGCGCAAUGGGUUCAGCUGUUUGACAAGAUGGUGGAGAGAGAGGACGGCGCCCCGCUCUAUAGCCAGUACAUGGAAGUGAACUCAGUUUCCCAGAGUGCCCGGGAACGCUACAUGAGGCUGACCAAUGGGAUUUUCCUCAAUGAGGUCAUGCGGGUCAUAGACCCGAACCCCAAGGUGGAGCGGCUGUACGCCAGCGAGAGAGGCGAUCACAUGCUGAGAGUCCAGAACUUUUCUAUUUUAAAUCGACACCUCAGAGCCUUCUACCAGGAAGACAUGCAGCAGCUUAUACUGAUGCCGCUCCCAAAUGUUGCCAUACUGGGGCAGGACCCCCUAACAGAGGCAGCUGUGGAGGAGCUCAGGCGACUGCUCCUGCUCUUAUUAGGAUGUGCCGUUCAGUGUGAGGCGAAGGAGACGUUCAUUCAGCAGAUCCAGUCUCUAGACAUUGAGACCCAGGCAGACAUCGCCAGCUGUAUCCAGGAGGUGACUCAGGAUCCUCGCGUGGUGCUGCCGCUCCGCUGGGACGAGCUGGUGGAGGAUGAAGGUGCAGACUUGCAGCUGGUGUUCAGCUCCAUGGCCAAACAGAUCCAGAGUCUGCUGGCGCAGAGAGACACACACCUGGAGAGGAUGGCAGAGCUGUGUCGGGACCGGGAGGGCCAGGCUGACACAACCACGGUGGCCCUGGGUGGUCGCAGCGAGGAGCCACCCCAAGGUCUGGCACUCCAGCUGGCAGACAGCAAGGCCAAACUUCGCCGCCUUAAACAGCAACUGGAGGAUAAAGGGGAUCAGAUAUUGGAUUAUAAGCAGGAGAUUCAAACCAUGGAGGAGCAACUCAAGAAACUCCAGAAAGAGAACCGUACUCUGCAGGGUGAGGUGAGGGGCAUGCGUGCACUGCGGGAUGAACUGGACUGCGCCCGAGAGCGAGCUACGCGGGCCGAGCAGCUCCAGACUGAGCUUCAGAGCUGUAAACACAGAUUGCGCAGCCUGGAGCUAACCCGCACUCAGCUGAAGGAGCAGCAGCAGCUGUGUGCAGCGCUGCAGGAGACCAAGGCUCUUCUGGAGGAACAGCUGGUGGACGCACGGGCGCGCUGCUCCUUGCUAAGGGAGCUCGAGAGGGACAAUCUUCUGCUGCGUCAGAGAAUCAUAGACGUAGAAGCGGAGCGGGAGACUGAGAGGCAGCGUGUUGACGAGCUGCUGGAGAUGAACAUGAGCCUCGAGGCGGACCUGAGGCACGGCCACAGCGCCCCCCGACGAUUCCUCCAAUCAGAACCGGACUCUGACGAGGAGCUGAGCACCGUGAUUGAUCAGAAGCCGCUGAGUGUGGAAGUUGGUGAGGCCUCGACGCUGAGGCUGCUGGGAGCGGAGCAGGAGAACGCAGAGCUGAGGAAACGACUGGAGGAGCUGCAGGCCCAGCAGGAGGCUGAUUCUCCAGAUGCAAAGGAUGAGCUGGCUGGCCUGGAGAUGGAGCACCAGAACACACUCAGAGAGUUUCAAAACUUGAAGAAUGAAAAUGCCACCUUGAAGCAGCGCCUGGAAGAGCUGGUGACCAAACUGCAGCACCCAGAAGACAAGACGAAAGAGGAAAGAGUGAGGAAGCCAGACAGAGAGGAGGAGGAGGAGGAGGACGAGGUGGAGAGAGGAGUCCAGGGCUCCGAAUCCCGCAGGGGGGAGGGGGAAGGAAGGGUGAGGAUGAUGGAGCAGAGGGAGAGAAGAGGAGAGAUCAUUGGGACUCACAGGGAAGCAGGAGUUGGGGAAGAGGUUCUCCAUCUUCGAGGGGUAAAAGGAGAACCACGCGAUGAGGAGUCCAAAAGGAGAGGAGAGGCAGAGGGAGGGCAGAAAGACAAAGAGCGGAAGGAGAAAGAAAGAGGAGUUAAGAAAGAACCGACUGAGGUAACAACAAGCCCAGAGAUCCAAGAUCAUCCAAACAGUGUAGAAGAGGAUACAGCUGCCGAUCAGGCUGUGUGUUCCCAGUCUCGCACUGAUGUGGAGCCUCUGACGCUGCGGCUCCAGGAGGCCCAGGAGGAGGCUGACAGACAGGCGAUGGUGGCCCAGGAUUUACGCUCAAAGCUGGGUGAGCAGAGCAAGAAAACCUGGGAGGCUGAGCAGAGGCUGGUGGUCCUGGAGGCAGAGCUACAGCAUCUGAAGAAAGCUGCAGAGAGUCUGGGAGAAGCCCGCCGGCAGAUAGAGGCUCUUCAGUCGGAGGGUCUGGUAAUGGAGGAAGAGCUGUGCCGCCUGCGGAGCCAAGCCGAGCUCCACAGGAUGCAGACCACGGUCAUCGCCACCCUGGAGGGUGAACGGGCCGCGCUGGAGAGAGACAGGGACACGCUACGCAGCACCAUGGACGCCAUGCGCACCGCCCAGCGCAAGGGCGACCAGUUGGAGCUCACCGUUCAGACUCUCAGGUCCGAGCUGGAACGUCAGGGUCGGAGUUUGGAGACCUCUCGUCGUCGGGAGGAGGAGCUGGAGGCAGAGCUCCGCGAGGCCACCUUAGAGGCCCAAUCUCUGGCCCGGGCUCGAGACCAGGCGCUGCUGGAGGCCUCGAGGCUGGAGCAGGAGAAGGAGGUCUGUCAGUCGGAGCUGGAUGGCCAAAGGAAGGAGGGGAGGCAGAGAGAGAGGGAGGCGGCGAGGCUGAGGCAGCAGCUGGAGACCACGACCCUGGCCCUGGAGCACAGCAACCAGAGAGCUCGGGCUCUGGACGCUGAACACAGGUGUGUGUGUCAGCAGCUGUCUGAGUCCAAAGAGCUCUGCGCUCGGCUACAGGACCUGGAGAAAGAGCUCAGCGGUCAAUUAACCAGCAUGGAGGAGGGGAAACAGCAGCUGCAGGAGCAGUACGCAGACGCUCAGGCCAAGAUUAGCUCUCUCUCCCAGGACUUAUCCAAGGAGCAGGCACGUUCUCAGGAGCUGUCGGCUGAAGUCCAGCGUCUGAGCCAAAAACUCCACAAAGCCGAGGCUGAACUAAAGACGUCAAGCGCUUCUCUUGACCAAUCCCAGGAGAAAAUCGAGUCGCUCUCGCAGAGCCUUCGGAAGAGUGAAUCUCUGCUCCAGCUGGAAAAGAGAAGAGGAAGUGCGGAGGCGGACGCUACAUCAAAAUCAAAUUUAGACUCCUCAAACCAAAUGCCCGCUUGUCAGACACACACCUUGGAGACGUCACAUAGGGAUCAGCCCUCUGAAGCUGGCAAAGGUCAUGACCUCUCAGCGACCCAUGAUCACAGCCCCGGGGAGUCUGAGAGGCAGCUGAGUGAGAGGUUGAUAGAGCUGGAAAAAGAGAAAGCGUUGGCAGUUGCAGCACAGGAGGCUUUGUUGUCGCGCCUGUCCCAGUCCCAGGAGGCGUGCGAGCACCUCAAGGAGCAGCUGGAAGCUUUGCGUCGGCACUCCCUCAGCCUGCAGGAGUCCUGCACCAGACUGCAGACGCUCAACACCCAGCUGCAGGUGGAGCAAGCGUCCCUGAACGGGCGCUGCAGCGAGAGCGAGGCCCGCUGUGCAGCUCUGGAGGCCGAGUCCAAGGUGUGGGCGCGGGAGCGGGAGGAGUCGGUGGCCAGGACGGAGGCUCUGAGGCGGGACCAUGAGCGGAUGACAGCCAUGCAGCAGCGGCAGGAGGUGGAGCUGGAGGAGCUGCUGGACAAACACUCUCAGCUGAGGAGCAGCAAUCGCAGCUUGGAGGCCCAGCACAGGGAGCUGGAGGCCAGGUACAAGGAGCUCCUGGACGGUAAAACCCAGCUGGAGGAGAGAGAGCAGGAGAUGAAGAUGGAGAGAGAGGAGAUGGAGGCGGAGGCCCAGAGCAGACUGGAGCGAGAACGAGAGCUGGAGCGGCUGAAAGAAGACAACGAGAGGCUGCAGGCCCAGCAGAAGGAGUGGUUGGCAUUGCAGGCGGAGCUGCUCGCUCAGGGCUCGGUGCUGAGGGGGGAGCUGAGCGCCUCCCAGCUGGAACGGACGCGACUGGAAGGGGAACUCAGCACUCUGAGGGAGACCAACCAGAGCCUGGACCUCAGCAGCGCCCGCCUCACCAGCCAGUACCAGCUGUUGAGCCAGCUGAAGAGCAACAUGGAGGAGGAGAACCGACACUUAGCGGAGCAGAACCAGAGCCUGCUGAAGGAGAACCGGGCCUUACUCGAGCAGAGCCUGGAGCGCCGGGACCAGCACUAUUCACAGCAGAGGGAGUACCAGGAGAAGCUGAGUGAGCUCCGUCGGGAGAAGCAGAAGUUGGUGGAGAAGAUCAUGGAUCAGUACAGAGUCCUGGAGCCCAGCAUGCAACCUCCAGCCAGCAAGGCCAAGAAAUCUAACUGGAUUGCAGACAGGAUGAAGAAGCUAAUCAAACCCCGGGGAGGAGGAAGAGAGGGACGCGCCCUCUUCACCGCCGCGGGCAGUGUGGAAAACCUGGCCGACAGCUCCGAAUUUACAUCAGACACACACACACCUCAGCCCGACCCCCGCAGUGCUCCAGUCUCUCCCUCUCCCAUAAGAAAAGCAGAGCCGGACAUCUCGGUUCCCGGGACUCCAGUCGGUCGCUCCGGCUCAGGAGGCCGUCGCAAGCUGGGAUCACGUCACGGGUGGGGACUAGGGUUGUCCAGAGGGGGCUCCGGGGUUUCGCAAUCAUUCAGUCCCGGUGACCACAAGACACCGCCCCGCCUGCGGCUGCGCUCCAGCCAGAACAGCUCCACCGUCCUCUGGGAGGGAGAGCGAGGCGAAGCGAGCGCACCCCAGGCGGCAGACGCACCAAUGAGCAGUCAGGAGAGUGUCGAGGAGGAUGAAGGCAGAGACAAUCAACACUCCAGUGACGACGCUGCAGCAGCCUGGGAAAGAACUACAGCUGACCCUUAAUUAAAAUACCAAUGUUUUUUACUUUCUGCUCCUGUUGUUGCAAACUGUUUGGUUUUUUUUUUAAAAUAUGAGAUCCCUCCAGUAUUUUUGAAUACAUGUUUGAAUAAAUCCUUCUGUCAAUGAUCAUUUCCACUGUUGGUGCCUUGUAAAAGGAAUGAGCUGUGUCUCUGGUGUGGAGCCCCAAAACUGACAAAAUAUAGUAAAAAAAUAUUUGACAACUCAAAAGUGGGUUAAAACAUCGCUCAUUAAAAAUGUUAUUUAUUCCCUUA